AUGAAUUCAAUACUGCCUCCUAUAGAUCGAAUGUCCUCUUCGUUACAAGCUAUUACUUAUGCUACUGUUCAGGCAGCCGUAACUACACUUAUAUGCGUUUUGCCUCUUUAUUUUUAUAAUGUAUAUAUGUUACAUUCGCCGAAGCCAUUAUACUAUGCGCCAUAUUUGGCCUCCUACACGCUGUUGUUGUUAUACAUUUUUCUGUUGUUGUUCUUCUGA